AUGCGCGGUGCCCUUUGUGUCGGGCGGGCGGGCGGCGCGGGUCAGGCCGGGCCGGGCCGUGCGAGCGCCGCCGCCGCCGCCGGGGCGGGGAGGGGGCACCGCGGCUCCGCCAUGGUGAAGAAGCGGAAAGGCCGCGUCCUCAUCGACUCCGACACUGAGGACAGCGGCAGCGAGGAGAACCUGGACCAGGAGCUCUUAUCACUGGCCAAACGGAAACGCAGUGACUCGGAAGAAAAGGAACCACCUGUGAGCAAACCUACAGCAUCUUCAGACUCUGAGACUUCAGACAGUGAUGAUGAGUGGACUGUUGGAGGUUCUAAAAACAAAAAAAAGGGAAAAGCGGGUAAGGCAGAGAAGAAAGGAGCCAUGAAGAAGCAGAUGAACAAAGCUGCCUCUUCAGGCAGCUCAGAUAAAGACAGCUCGGCUGAGAGCUCGGCACCUGAAGAGGGAGAAGUCUCUGACUCAGAAAGCAACAGCUCCUCAUCUAGCUCAGAUUCAGAUUCUUCAUCUGAAGAUGAGGAGUUCCAUGAUGGCUAUGGAGAAGACCUGAUGGGAGAUGAAGAAGACCGGGCUCGACUGGAACAAAUGACAGAAAAGGAGAGAGAGCAGGAACUGUUUAACCGGAUAGAGAAGAGAGAAGUGCUAAAGAGAAGAUUUGAAAUCAAGAAAAAACUAAAAACAGCAAAAAAGAAAGAAAAGAAAGAGAAAAAGAAAAAACAAGAGGAAGAGCAGGAGAAGAAAAAACUCACACAGAUCCAGGAAUCCCAGGUCAUGUCUCAUAACAAAGAGCGGCGAUCAAAGCGGGAUGAGAAGCUAGACAAGAAAUCUCAGGCAAUGGAGGAGCUAAAAGCAGAAAGAGAGAAAAGGAAGAACAGAACAGCUGAAUUGCUUGCAAAAAAACAGCCAUUAAAAACUAGUGAAGUAUACUCUGAUGAUGAAGAAGAGGAGGAGGAUGAUAAGUCUAGUGAGAAAAGUGAUCGUUCAUCCAGAUCGUCAUCUUCUGAUGAAGAGGAAGAGAAAGAAGAAAUUCCUCCUAAGUCCCAGCCGGUGUCCUUGCCUGAAGAACUGAACCGAGUACGAUUAUCGCGACACAAGCUGGAACGCUGGUGUCACAUGCCCUUCUUUGCCAAGACAGUCACUGGCUGCUUUGUCCGUAUUGGCAUUGGCAAUCACAACAGUAAACCUGUUUAUCGGGUUGCUGAAAUAACUGGUGUGGUAGAGACUGCAAAGGUUUACCAGCUUGGUGGCACACGGACAAACAAAGGACUGCAGUUGCGGCAUGGCAGUGAUUCACGUGUGUUUCGUUUGGAGUUUGUCUCAAAUCAGGAAUUUACUGAAAGUGAAUUUAUGAAGUGGAAGGAAGCAAUGUUCUCUGCUGGGAUGCAGCUACCCACGCUAGAUGAGAUAAACAAGAAGGAAAUGUCCAUCAAAGAAGCCCUCAACUACAAGUUUAAUGAUCAGGACAUUGAAGAGAUUGUGAAGGAGAAAGAAAGGUUCAGAAAAGCACCUCCAAAUUAUGCCAUGAAGAAAACUCAGCUAUUAAAGGAGAAGGCUAUGGCCGAGGACUUGGGAGACCAAGAUAAGGCCAAGCAGAUUCAAGAUCAGCUUAAUGAACUUGAAGAGAGAGCAGAGGCACUGGAUCGUCAACGAACAAAAAAUAUUUCUGCAAUCAGUUACAUCAACCAGAGAAACAGGGAGUGGAAUAUCGUUGAGUCUGAGAAGGCUCUUGUGGCUGAAAGUCACAGCAUGAAAAAUCAACAAAUGGACCCCUUUACCAGGCGGCAGUGUAAGCCCACAAUAGUAUCUAAUUCCAGAGAUCCUGCUGUCCAAGCUGCCAUCCUUGCCCAGCUAAAUGCAAAAUAUGGAUCUGGUGUAUUACCAGAUGCUCCAAAAGACAUGAGUAAGGGUCAAGGGAAAGAUAAAGAUGUGAACUCUAAAUCAGCCAGUGACCUCUCAGAAGAUCUUUUCAAAGUGCAUGACUUUGAUGUAAAGAUUGAUCUUCAGGUUCCUAGUUCAGAAUCUAAGGCAUUGGCCAUCACCUCCAAGGCUCCUCCAGCAAAAGACGGUGCCCCGCGGCGAUCAUUGAACUUGGAGGACUACAAAAAGAGACGGGGGCUUAUUUGAGCGUGCCCACUCUGCUGCUUCUGAUCCUGCAUGCUCCAUGAUGAUGUCCUACCUUUUCUUCCUCCCUUUUCAGUUCUCCCUUCUGGGUUGGAGCAGCAAUGGAGCUGGGAAGAGACUCUUUAAAACUGCCAGUCAUCUGUAACAUAAACCAUUCAACUAUUUACUGUAUAGACCUCCCUUCUUGCCCUUUCCUCCUGCUCCCCUCACAAAUGUGGAUCUGUGCUAUUUGGGGUUUUCCCAUUUUCUUUUAGUUUGAGUUUUGUUUUUAUUUUGUUGAUGCAGCUCAUUGGUCCACUCUGUGUUCAGUAUUAGCCUGAGGUCUGGAUUUCCAUAGGAAUCUCUUCGCAGUCACAGAAUCAGCACUUGGUGAUCUCCCCUUACAUACCACCACAGGCACAGUGAAUAAACAUUGGCGCAAGACCGUUGUGGCUGGAAGGUCAUCUGCACUUUCUUCCUCUUCUUCUUCCUCCUUCAUCCUAGCUUUGGAGAAGGGAAUCUUCAAAAACUGGCCUAGGUUCAAAGUGUAAAUUUUUUGGGAGGGUUGUGUGACUUUUUUUCAGGUGUUUUUUAUCAUUUUUAAGCUGCAGUACUAUUUGUAUCCGUCUGUCACAGUUCUUUACGGCUGUUUUGAAUUUCUACCAGCUGUACUUGAGCAUCUGAAAUUGCAAGAAAGAAACUCAUUAAAUGUGAUUCUUCUUACUAAAACGGCUUGGCUGAUAUAGCUGUUUAACUUCACGUUCCCUUUUUUAAUUACACUUAACUGAUGAGAAAGAGGUACACACAGAUCUUAAUGUGGGACUUGUCAUCCACAGCACAUCCAAAGUCUCUAGAGGUAGCUGGGUGAGGUAGCUUUUUGUGGGAUGACCCUGGAGUGCUCAUCAGUUGGACUAUAGUUUCUUCAUCAGGCCUUCAGUAUUACAUGUUUGUUAAGUCAUCAUGUCUUUACUGGGCUCCAGCUCACUUUGUUUCUUGCUUUAUGAACCAUUUAAAUGGGGCUCCUAAAAACAAAUAAAAAUUAAAAAAAAAAAAU